AGUCAUUAACGAAUUGUCUCCGGCAUCGCACAUCGUGCAAUUACUCAGGACAAAGACUUUGAUAGCGCAGUUCGCGCGCUCGAAGUGUACAGGCGCGCGCGCACUCAUUCGCGCGCUGUGUGUGCCUGAACGCGCACGGUAGUUCGGUGACGAUGAUGCUCGCCGGCGCAGAGAUAGAGGACGGCGGCAGUGUAUCUUACAAGGAGGAUUCUGGGAAUGUUGCGAUGUCGUUGCCCCGUGCGAAAGCGCAGGAGAAGAGCUCCCCGGACCAACACAUCAAACCCCGAAGGGAGCCUGUUGACAUACACUUCUCAAACAUCACGUGCACCGUCAGCUUAGGAUUCAAUAAAGGCCACAAACAGAUCCUGCAUGGGGUGCACGGGAGGUUGCGGCCGCGGCAGCUGAUCGCCAUCAUGGGUCCCUCGGGGGCCGGCAAGUCCACGCUCCUGGACGUCCUCUCUGGGUACCGCAUCUCAGGGGUGGGGGGCGCUGUCUUCAUCAACGGCCGAGGCAGAAUCAUGAAAAACUUUAAAAAAAUGUCGUGCUACAUCCAGCAAGAUGACAGGCUGCAGGGUUUGCUGACUGUUGGCGAGAACAUGACACUCGCGGCCGACCUCAAACUACCCACCAGCAAAGACAAGUACGAGAAAGGAGAAAUUAUAGAAGAGAUCCUCACGAAUCUAGGACUGUACGAGCACAUUAACACGCGUGGCGCUCAGCUGUCCGGGGGCCAGAGGAAGAGGCUCUCCAUAGCUCUGGAGCUCAUCAGUAACCCUCUCAUCAUGUUCCUCGAUGAACCCACCACUGGGUUGGACAGCUCAUCGUGUUCCCAAGUAGUGGAGUUGUGCCGCACACUGGCCCAUCAAGGCCGUACUAUAGUCUGCACAGUACACCAACCCUCAGCAUCCCUGUUUGCCAUGUUCGACCACGUCUAUAUUCUGGCAGCAGGCCAGUGCCUCUACCAGGGCACGACCAAGAACCUAGUACCGUACCUGGAACAAGCAGGAGUGCCAUGUCCGAUAUACCACAAUCCAGCUGAUUAUGUUAUUGAGCUGGCCUGUGGAGAAUAUGGUGAGGACAAGAUCCAAGUCCUGACUUCAAAGGCGGAGAAUGGCAGAUCUCUGGAUUGGUUCGAAGACCCGCAAGCCAUCCCGUCGAUGGAGGCUUUGAGGAAGCAGUACCCGCUCAGUGUACUCAGGGAACAAGACGCGGGUCCGAGUGUCGAAGAAACGCCGCAAUCCAAUCAGAGGUCCGUGCUCAUAAAGAGGGGAUUUUUAAAGGCCAAACGUGAUUCGACGAUGACUCACCUUCGACUGAUAGUGAACGUGGUAGUGGGGAUAAUGCUAGGGAUGCUGUUCAUUGACGCCGGCAACGAGGGCUCCAGGGUGCUGGAGAACUACAACCUGCUGUUCGCUAUAUUGAUGCACCACAUGAUGUCUCCUAUGAUGCUGACGAUUCUAACGUUUCCUUCCGAGAUGUCAAUUUUAUCCAAAGAACACUUCAAUAGAUGGUACUCACUCGGAUCCUACUACAUUUCGAUAACGAUUGUCGAUUUGCCAAUAUCGAUCGUGUCGUGCGCGGUGUUCAGCGUCAUCGUGUACACGAUGUCGUCGCAGCCACUGGAGAUCGUGCGCUUCAGCAUGUUCUUCGCCAUCUCGCUGUACACGGUGCUCGUCGCACAGAGUUUCGGCCUCAUGAUCGGAGCCGCGUUCAAUGUUGUCCCGCUGGAGGUCGUGCGCUUCAGCAUAUUCUUCGCCAUCUCGCUGUACACGGUACUCGUCGCACAGAGCUUCGGCCUCAUGAUCGGAGCCGCGUUCAAUGUUGUCAACGGCACAUUCCUUGGUCCGACGCUGUCAGUGCCGAUGAUGAUGUUCGCCGGGUUCGGCGUUACCCUGCGAGACUUGCCUCCCUACCUCUACUGGGGCUCGUAUAUCUCGUACCUGCGUUACGGACUGGAAGGGUUCAUCGGCGCCAUCUACGGUCUCAAGCGGCCCCAGCUCGAGUGCAAUCAGGCUCCUUAUUGUCACUACAAACACCCUCGCCAGUUUCUGUCCGAGGUGUCAAUGUCGCCGGACAUGUUCUGGUGGGACGUGCUCGCGCUCACGGUCUUCGUCCUCGUGCUCAGAGUCGCGGCCUUCCUACUGCUCAAGUGGAAACUCAACGCCGUCCGGUAGAUGAAUAGAUGAGUCGCUCUGUCCAUCAAUAAUGUAAUAAUGAUAAUAAUGAGUUAGAGAUAGCGGCCGUUAUUAAGCCGGUUACUCAUUAGCGAGCUGUAACCGUAACCAUUACAUGCAUUGUUACCAAAAAGCAGUUUUUUUUUUACUGUGUAUGCUGUUGGUCAUAGAUGACCUUUACAGCGUCACCGGGUUUGGGGACGGCGAGAUCCUAAGGACCUCAAACCGAGAAUUGGCGAGUGCCUCUAGAGGUAUUCCAGGCGUUAGACCACUCGAACCUGAGGGGAAAAAGCAUAGUGUGUACGUGAUUCGCUAACUUGCUGUGAGCGGUACACGUGCGGUUUGCAACGAGCCGAGGUUUACAACUGAGCUACAAGCGUAUACACUAGAACCUCGUAUUGUAUCACGCAUGUUACGGUUUGUUGUUACGGUUACAGCUCACUAAUGAGUACCCAGCUUUAGACUUUCCAUAGCUUAGUGUGAGUUGCA